UAACAAUUUAGCAUAAAAAUACAACUACUUGUUAGUAGUAUACGAGAAAAUAGAAAAUUAUUUGGUUCGGUGAUUGAAGAACACAGCACAUAUUCGUAUAGUUUGAAAUACAUAACAGUCAUGCAGUGGUUAACACUACUAACCUUUACAUACCUGGUAUAUUCAAUGAAUUGGACACUUUGUGAAUCGGUCGACUGGACGGAUACACUUUACGAUGAUGAUUAUGAAGCAUAUUAUAACAAUGACAAUUAUCAGUAUAAGCGACAGUAUCCGUUGACAAAUAAACGCUAUAUGACAAUUGCAGAAGAAAAGAAAUUUUGGAAUAAACUGUUCAAUGGAAUACGACCAGUUGGUUUUCAUAAGUUUACACCGCCAAGAGCGCCAACUACUUUAAGAUUUGGUUGAGAAAAAAGAUAAACACAAAACACACUCAACCUGAAGAAACGCAGGAAAUCACAAUCACUGUUUAAUUUAUUUAUUGUAAUAGAUAAAUGAUACAAAUUUACAUGCGUGAA